AUGGCGAUGACGAUGAACAAGGAUUGCGAUGGGGAUGCCGACGAUGACUUAGGGUUCUUAUUCCUGAGUUUGCAUCUUCGUGAGUUUCUUCAGAUUACUCCAUUUUUGUAUCUGCUGUCUAUGAUGAAUCCCUCGCCGGUGGUACUUCCUAACGAUCUCAUCUCAGAGGUACUUUCCAUUCUUCCAGUUAAAUCUAUUCUUCGUUUUAAGUGUGUCAGUAACCAUUGGAGAACCCUCAUCUCCGAUCAUGCCUUUGUGAAAUUGCAUCUUAAGAGAUCAAAAACACGAAUUCCAUUCUUAACAUUAGUAAUAAUUCAUACAACAGAAAUGUCCUUAGGCAGCAUUCACUCUGAUUGCAGUGUUGUUCCAUACCCUAUACGCAGUUUACUCCAUAACCCCUCGUUCACCCUUUUUGAUGACCCUUACAAUCAUCUGAAAAACAAAGGAUGUGAUCGUAUCGUUGGUUCAUGCAACGGAUUAAUUCUUUUGGCUGGCACUGGUUAUCUUACAAAUUUCAACCAUAUUUCGAAAUCUAAGAAUAUCGAUAACUGGUUCCGUGUUUGGAACCCGGCCACCAGGGCAACUUCUAAAAAAUUCGGGUACUAUCGCGCCUUUGGUGAUUCUCAACGUUACAACUCUGCAUUCGGUUGGGAUAACUUGAAGGACAGUUAUAAAGUGGUGGCGUACCGUUACAAUCAUCAAUUCAUAUCACAAGUGAGAAUUCUUAAUGUAGAUGAUGAUGUUUGGAGAAAUGUUGAAAGUCUCCCGGCUGUUCCUAUUCAAUGUAUUUAUGUGUAUUUAAGUGGAAGUCUUAAUUGGUUGGCCGUUCGAAGUAAAGAAAUUAAUGGUGAGAAGUUUGUUAUUGUUUCACUUGAUUUGAGAACAGAGACAUACAAUCAAUAUCUACUGCCUCGUUGUUUUGACCAAGCGGUGUCUAGAGAGUCAGGUGUGUUGGGGGGCUUGCCUAGAGAUUCGGUCUUUGGUAUGUUGGAUGGCUGCCUUUGUUUUUCUUAUAUUUACAAGAAAACUGAUUUCGUUAUAUGGCAGAUGAAACAAUUUGGAGUUGAAGAUUCUUGGACGCAAUUCCUUAAAAUUAGUUUUCAAAAUCUUCAAAUAACUUAUGACUAUACUAGGGAGCAGGAUAAUAAGCAUGUUUUGGGGUUGAUGCCACUGUUUCUUUCCGAUGAUACAUUGAUUUUGGUUACCAAUCAAAAAACCCAUGCAAUUCUCUAUAAUUGGAGAGAUAAUAGAGUAAGGCGAACAAACAUUAUUGCUCGUAGAUCUAUUACUCAGGAAGGAACUAUCCGUCAUUGCGAUUUUUUAAAUUGGAGCUUUACUAAAGAUUAUGUUGAAAGCUUAGUUCCAAUUUUUUGA